GUCACAUCCAGUCAGGUCAGCAUUGGAAAUGAAUGCGCUGCAACACAGACAGGAUGAGACCGGAUCUGUGCAGAACUACAUCCCACAAUUAAUUAUAAGUCGUCCUCGUGCAUUCACCCUGCGAGUGUUUGGAUCAGCUGCUUGUCUGAUUUCUUUUUUUUAAGGUUUUUUUCUUUUUCCAAAGGACCCGGAGAGAAAAUCUCAGAAUUUGGGGAUUUUAUUGAUUUGUACAGCUUUAAAAGCAGACAACUGCGCUUAAAUUAAUGGAGAAUUAAUAGAAGAAACAACGAAGGAAACAGUUUCUCAUGAAGUAAAAGUUUUGUCAGAUUUUCUCGAACAUCUGAAACGUCUCCCGCCGUGGGACGAAGUACAGAUUGUGAAAUUACAGAAGAAAUGUGAAGACAAAUUUGCCCUCCUUCCCUCUUUGACGCACCGAGACAGAUCUCUGCUCCUAAUUCUUGCAGGUCAGAUGUGUGUGUGGAUGUAAAACGCUGCUGUUAGCUGAGAGUUACAGGUUUGGUUACACCUCCUCCUAACUGUCACCGCUGCCCGCAAACCGAGGCGCCCCGAGCUGGAGGUGCCGCGGGGGACGCCAUGGGACGAUCCAAAUACUAAUGUGAUGGGCUGUUGAUGGAGAGGAUUUCGAAUGUCAGCCGGGACAGUGGUCAUCGCAGGAGGAAUUCUGGCUACAGUCAUCUUACUGACCAUCGUCGCUGUACUGUGUUUAUGUAGGUUGCAGUAUUACUGCUGUAAGAGGGAGGAGUCUGAGAAGGGGGAAGAGGAGGAACCAGACCUCGCCACCAUGUCGCCGACCCGCCCCCUGGCUCUGUCCGCUCCCCCUACGCCUCCAACGCCGGAGCACUAUGGCGACGAUCCAGAGAACUACCCCCCCACCUUCCUAACUGAGGCCAACGGGCCUGCCAGCUUCUCCCCCACACCACCCCCGCGCAGGUGCCAGCGCUCACACGCCUUUUGCCCGUCCUGCGCCCGCUGCUCGCUGCCCUUCUACCUGCAGCACCCGGAAAGGCUGUGCAACGGCGGCCGCAGGGUCAGCUACAGGACUGUGCAGCAGCAGGACCUGGAGUUGCCCAUGGACCUGGCCAGCUUCUACCAGAAGCUCAACCUCAUCCGCUCCGUCACCAUGAGGGAGGUGGUCACCCAUAGUGUCAGCACUGACGUGUAGGAGCAGGCAGGGUGGAGUCAGCGGCGCCCUGCUGGCCUGGAGGAAAGGUUGAUUUAUACAAUGUGCACUGACUCAGUACAGUCUGUAAACACACUCAAUGAACAUGUUCUAUAAGUGCUGUGCUGGGGAUGCAGCAUUAUUACUGUGCUGUACUGAUAUGUUGAAACACUGAGGGCUUUUGGGAGAACACCACUCCUGGCAGCCAUGUUGGAGGUCUACCACUCCUGCUGAAUGCAUUUCUGUCUCUGACAGACUUGAACAGACUUUGUCAGUUUUGACCUAACCAUUAUGUCUGUUUUUGUGUGUAGAAAAUUAGUGUGUUUUCUAAUUAGCUAAUUAAUUAAUUAAAAAGUAUAUAAGUAUCAACAAUAAUUGAAUUACAAUUUGAGCUUUUGUUAGUAAAUUUAAUACAGAAUUUUGUUAGUUUGAAAGCACCAUACUAGAGACAAUGAGGCUAAUGCCUCGAUAGCUAUCAGACAGUUUGUUCAGGAUAACCGAGUCCCUUUUAAAGGAGUCUGGUUUAAUUGUCAGCAAAUCCCAUGUGUGGACCAAAACCAACAAUGAAUGUAUUCUCCUAACAAAUACUGUUUGUGAAUCCAAAGCCUGAUCUUAUUCCUCCCGGUGCCAAAGAGCUACAUAGUCUAAAAACAUUUAAAAACACAUCAAUGAGCUACACUGUUGGACUGGGUGACAUGUUCCUUCAUUACCACACGAAGUACAGAAGUACAGAGAGACAGGCUAACACAUUAUUGGUUUCGGUGUUUUCGUGGGAUUUGUUAAUAAGAAAGAAUAUAUAUAGAAUAAAAUAUAUACUUUAAGCUCCAAAUCAAGAGGGUUUUGGAGAAGAAAUAGUCUGUUUUUUCCAUUUGGAGAUCAGACUGCUCAUGAGAGACCCUUUUUCAGCCAUUUUGACAUGAAAGAGUGCAGUAAACACCGGUGUUACCAGUGAUACUAAUCAAGAUUAUGUUCCAUUCAGGUCAGUCAGAGUCAGGGUGCUGCUUAUAUGCAUGUUAACUCACUGGGGAGCUUCUGCUACACGAAAUGGAACUGAACCUGAAACUGAACUAGAAUCAUUGGUAACACCUUUGUUUACUCCAGCAAAUCCCAAUUUUUUGUACCCCAGAACAGACCAGUACUCUGCUCCAGUACUGAACAUACAGUAUAUAUGUGUACUUUUACAGUGUACUUACAAUACCACUUGACUGUGAUUCAUUUAUGCAGUGGAAAAAUAUACAAGUGGAUAUUAUAUAAAAUAUUUUUUGUGUGUGUUUGUGUAGCAACAACUGUACAGUGUCCGACAACAUUUUUCUUACAUUUCACCUUUAUUUCUUUCACAGUGGGAUUCCUUCACUUAACACCUCGUAAGAGCCAAAUAGAAGCUCCCACACACCGAGCUGCACAGGGGUUUUCACUUAUUCUGCCUGAUUACACCGCUUCUUGUGCAGAGACAGAGUUGUGAUCUAAUCAGCCAAACUAACUGAAAACACCUGCUGUUACACAUAGGUGUGGGCGGCUUUUAAGGUUUCAAACUGAUGCCAGACAUAAAUGAAGCCAUUUCAGCUUUUAAUAAUUCCUUGACAUCAAUAGUGAGAGCCUAGCAGGUGUCAUGGGGGAUGAAAACUAAUUUAUGCACACAAAUUAUUAAUUUAAGAGCAUUAAAUUUAAACUGAACGUACAUAAAUGAUUUUGAAGGCACAAAGUAGUAUUUUGUGCGUACACACUAGUUUUUGAUUGAGGCACCUACCAAGCUCCGUACAAUAUUGACUGUUUGACAUCAGAAAUCUCCAAUAUCAAGAAUUUUGCUUCAAUGUUUGAGUUUUCAAGAGUUUAUAAUAUCCUAAAUUAGAUUUUUAACCAGAUCAAAUUUAAUUAUUAGUGUCAAGAAUUGCUUUUGUGAUAAUAAAAAAUACAUUCUUGAUACAUAUUCUUCUUAAAAUUACUCAAAUCACCUGAGAGACAAUUAAAUGAUUUGUGUGAACAGCUAAUUCGACCAAGUUGAAGGUAACAUUUUCUUUUCAUUAGAAAUUCAGUUUCUGAACUUUUGAUUUGAAACGGCAUCAUCCAAAAUUGGAAAUGUAAGUAGUUCCAAUGUUACAUGGAGCUCAUGUUUGUGUUCACUUGUGUACAUUUGUCAGCACGAGGUUGUGUCUUUUUUGUGUGUAUUUGAUUAUUAUUCAGAUGCAGCUGGUGAUACUGUCAGUCUGUCUGUCAGUGUGUCAGUGUGUGAAUUCCAGUUUGUUUGCCGCGGUGCAGAAAACACAUUGUCAUGCAUUUUAAAGGGCUUUUCUGAAGCAUUCAGUGAUCCAGUGACUGUGAUUUCCGGAAGACAUUUAUUCCUGUUAAAGACAUCCUACUGUAGAUAGAUGCUGUGCUGUAGGCCAGGGUUCAAAUAAUAUCCGAAGAGUUUUUCUCCGACAUAAGGUAUUGAGCUUUUAAGAAAAAACGGACAAAAUAACUGAUAGCUCAUUUUGGUAUUUCUUAGCUCUAGUACAGUAGAUGGGUGUUUGGUAUUUUACAAACUUCACUUCACAUCAGUAGAAACAACAGCUUCACUCCAGAAGCUGCAAAUAACUUUUUAAUUUACCCCAAAAUGAACAUUCAGAUGGAAUAAAACUCUUAAUUUGGAGCAAAUUGACUAAACUUGAGGAUAAUGAUAAAAUGUAUGCUGCUAAAAAUGGACAUAAGAUCUGUUCAUUCUGAUAGUGUUUUUUUGGUGUGUGUCAUGUGUGAUUUGGCCUCCUGUGUUUAUCAUGAAAGUGUGUUAAGCCUCCGGUAGCAACACAUCGUGGUUAUCUAGCUCUGAUCACAAGCAUGUCAGAUAGAUAGAAGGGCAGAACUUGCAGAGACCUAUAACACCUUCACUAGGAUGAAGCAACAGUUAGGGUGCCUGUCCUGUUAAGGUUGGAGGUUGAACAGAGAGCUGGAGUGAAGUAAGAAAACUUUCAAAAUUUAAAUUCACCCUGACAUUUGUAAUGAUAGAAAUGACUAAUAUCCAGUCCUGGAACACAACCUCAGUCAACAUAAUGCAGCUGGAACUCUGGGGACUGCUGCUUUACAUGACCUCUGACCUGAACUGAGUCUUCCACAUAGCGCUUCGUCUGAGGCAGACUACUGCCUGAAAGCCUCGGCCGAUAAUAAUAAUAAUAAUAAUAAUAAUAAUAAUAAUAACUGCUGUGUCCCAAAUCCAGACUACACAGGUUUUUGACUCAAAUGUGUUCACACUGGAAAAGUGACAAAAUAAAAUAUAUUAAAAUCAGUCAGUGUGUUAUCGAACAAAACAAAAAAGAAAAAAAGGCUUGAAUUGUUAAUCACCAUGUGGUUAUUGGUUUGUAGUAUGGAUUUCAGACAAGACACACGAUUAUUUACACAUUCAUAUGAGCAGGCCGGAUGACAUUGUGUUCCGACUACACAAUAUCAGCCGGAUAAUAACCCGAUCCAACAGAUGUAGGGUUUUGGGUUUUUUUGCCAUUCACUGACAUCACGUGUUCCAUGACGUUGACUAAUAGGAGCAUAGAGUCUGUAGAGACAGGUAUAUUGAAACUUUGUUUCUACUACAUUUGUGGUGGGAAUUAAUCUUUUUAUGGCUGUGAUUGCUUCUUCAAUCUCCACCAAUCUGUAACUUCAAAUACAGAAAAUUAUGCUGAAAAAAUACAUUUGAGUAAAGUAACAAUUUGAUGUAUACUGCACCUCUGACCCUCUGCUAGAAGAGUGAUGUUUUUAGGUUACUGAGAUUUGUCUUGCAUCUGUAUUUGGGGUUAAAGUUUACAUGUAGUCACAGAGGAAGGGCAUCCUGGGAGUCUCAACUCAGGGCAAAAAAGUCUCUGCCAUAGAUCCAUCGUGUUGAUCAGUAAAGCCUCAGACAUGAAUCCAUUCAGGGUGUUUUGGGGCAUGAAGCUGCAGGUUCUUCACUUAUUUUAAAGUUCCUGAGGAAGAAUGAGUGCAGAACCACUUUUAUUAAUCAGUGAGUGUUUUUUAGAGAAGACUGAAACUGUUGCAUUUGUUUCCUCUCUGCUUCAGUAGUUGAUGUGUUUCUAUUAUUCUGCACGCCAACAGAUGGGAGGUUUGAUGCUGUCACACUGACCAGUAGGGGGCGUCAGCUGCAAACCUGCAUUUGCCGAUGCUGCUCUGUGUGUGAAAGUGACUUAAUUUACAGUGUUAAUAAAAUGAUGCCAAACCGUCCA